AUGCGGUCCGUCAACCGCGGCGUAACUGGCCUGAUGCCCGCGGUCGGGCCGCGGCGUCCCGUCCGACCGUCAUCCGGCGAUGACGCCGACCGUACGGCCCCGCGAAGUGACGUCAUCGCGCAGCUGGCCCGCAGACACUGGCGGAUCACCGGGCUGGCGACGGACGGCGUGUGCGGCGCUUACGGCGUGGACCUCAUGGCGGCCGUCCUGCUGGCCGCCGUCCGCGUCACGUACGUGGCCAUAUCGGUGUUCCACCGGCUGACCGAUGACACGGAAGCGAGGACCAACAUGUCGCCGGCUGUCGUCGUCCAAUUGGUCGUGUGGUUCGGACAGUUCACCUAUUUGGCGUACACGUGCGACGAGCUCACCGCUCAAUCAAAUGAAAUGUUCGAUAAUUUGAAUACACUGUUAUUGGAUAUUUUCAAAGAAAGUCGACUCUCUGGAGAACCAUACAAAAGUAAAAUGCAAGAAAUUGAAACGGUGCAGGAGUUUAUGCGUCAAGUAAUAGCACGCAAAGUCAUCGUACACGCGUGUGGUGGUCUAAUAACGUUAAAUCUAUCUCUCAUAACCACGAUCAUUGGAGUCACAUUAACAUAUUUUAUUGUUUUAUUGCAAUUUGAAUCAUUACACAGUAGUACCGCGCUUAAUGGUACACACGUGAUUCAAUGAGAAACGUAAGUUGUCCAAAAAUCCAUUUGAUAAAUUACACGGUACUUUACAUUUAUCUAACAUUUAAAUUCAAAAUAAUUAACUUGACAGUUGGCUAGUAAGAUUAAAAUAUAUCACAUUUCAUCAUCGACACUGAGCAAAAAGAUUCAGAAAAAGCAUUGGCUAGCUAAACCUAAUUAAUAAUGUG